CAGUGUUCUGCGAAGGUUUGGCUCUAUUGGCUUCUGCCUACGUAUCCUUUACAGGGAUCACCUGAAUUGUAAUUAGCAGCUGAGCUGCUGGUCAGAGCCCAGGCAAGCCUAUGCUGAGAGGAUACUACAGCCCUGAGGAGGUUGGCCAGCCAGGUGGGUGGGCAGAGGCAGGCUGAGAAUGCAGCAAGUAAGCUGAGGAGGAGCUGAGAAGGGAGAGACCCACAUCCAGAGCUGCUGCAAACAGCCCUCCAUCAGGGGGGACGCUCACGCUCGCCUGGACCAUGAGCAAUGAGUCUACCGUCUGGAACAACCUCACCGAGAACUCCACCGGGGUCCCAUUUGAGCCUGGUAAACAACAGAAUGGUUACGUCCUGCUCCUGGUGCUCCUGUCCAUCUUCCUAGGGGGAACACUGGUCCUGCUGUCUGUCAUCCUGAUUGUCUGCAGACGCUGCUGUGAUGGAGACCGCCACUAUGCCAGUGCCAGUGACGACCCUGAGAAAACCAACACAACCUACACUGAGGAGUCUCAGCCAGUCCAUGCAGAGAUCACCAUCCGGGUGGACGAGUCGGACUGCCUGUCGGCCGCCAGCUCCCACAUGGACAUGGAGACGGAGCGCUUCCUGUCCACGGGCACCCAGGGCGGCCGCCGCGUCUCCUUCAACGAGGCGGCGCUCUUCGACCACGGCAAGAAGGCCCUGGAGAAAGGCCGCAGGUACACGUUGACUGAGGGUGACUUCCACCACCUGAAGAAUGCGCGGCUCACACACCUCCACAUCCCGCCCCUGGCCCUCAAGAUAGACACCAUCCACGAGUGUGAGUCAUUGGAGAACAGCAUCGCCAUGACAACCCGCCCCGCCGCCAAGUCCAGCCUCUCCAUCUUCCAGCCGGCGCUGUGUGCCCUGCGGCCCCUGCGGCCCCUGCGGACCCUGUGUCCCCUGCCCCAGACAGCAUUGACCAGUCUGAGUGUCAGCCCCAGCUCAGGCCUCCCUGGGGACACCCUCAACUCGGUGGUGGACUCCAGCUUCAGUGAGAGUGCCCCGGGACCCAAGGAGCCCAGCAGCAGCAUUGAGGUGAUGGUUUCUGGCUCCAGGAAUGGGGGCAGUCCGUCUUUGAGUGAGGGGGCAUCGGUGACGUCUGUGACGGGUGUGUCCCCUAGCGCGGGGGUGGGACAGGGCCCGGUCCUGCAGUUCUUCACCAAGCUGAGGCGUCAUGCCAGCCUGGAGGGGGCCAGCCCAUACUUCAAGAUCAAGAAGUGGAAGCUGGAUAGCAGCCAGCGGGCUUCCAGUCUGGACACCAGAGGGUCCCCUAAGAGGAGGCAGUUCCAGCGGCAGCGCGCCGCCAGCGAGAGCAUGGACCAGGAGGAUAACGACGCCCACCACAUGGACCUCAUCCAGUACAUCGCCCGCACCCAGGACGUCACCUACCACCCCAGCCCCUCCGCCUCAGCCCACCUCCUCUCCCCCUCCUCCCCCUCCAAGCCACCACCCUCCCUCGGCAGGUUAGAGGUGGUGGUGGUGGUGGAGCCCAGCUGCAGCAGGGGCCAGGUGCCGGGGGUGAUCGGCCUGUUCCCAGAGCCCCAGGACGAGGCAGCGAGCCUGGGGGACUGUAGACAGGAGAGCUCGGCCUCAGACCACCAGGCCCUGUACAGAGACAUCUGGACGCUCCGGGCCUCUCUGGAGCAGUACGGCUCCUCAGACCAGAUCAGCAACAACGACAGGGACUCCGUCCGCAGCGACGCCGACAGUGUCUGCUCCCUGGGGGGCCGGACCGAGAGGGGGGAGCUGCCCAGUAACCCCUCCCAGGACAUCGGGGACGGGGAUGAGCCCGAAGGAGACGUGGAGCUGCCCUUGGAUGAGGGGAUAGGAGAGAAGGAGGAGGAGGAGGAGGAGGAGGAGGAGAAAGGGGGGAAGCAGGACAGUGUGGAGUCAGAGAGGGUCAGUGACGGGGAGUCAGGGAACCGUAAGCUCAUGCAGAUGGACAGUGGCUAUACGUCUAUAGAGGCUCCAUCACGGGCGCCAGAGGAGCUGAGACUGUUUGGCAGUAGUGGCAGUAUAGACAGGACGUCCCUGGAGAAGAGACACUACUUCACCAGUGCAGGGCGCACUGGCACAGUGGGCGAGAGCUUCGAGGCCCGCAUCUUCGAGGAAGAGCCAGACGAGGAGAUGCAAGCAGGGGCGACGGGCGGCAUCGCCAUAGAAACGGCCAGGUCUCCCCUGGGCUGGUCUCCGUAUGGGCAGAUGUUCACUCCACGAGAGGCGCAGCCGCACUCCCACCCACCCUCAUCAUUACACCGCCGCGACUACAGCAUCGACAAGAAGACUGACGCGCUCUUCCAUGAGUUCCUCCGACACGACCCCCAGUUCGACCAACAGGAGUCGCCGCGGAAACAUCGCUCGCGCAUCCACCUCCGCAAGCAGUGGCAGCGCAACAAGCAGUACAGCGACCCGGGCGUUCGCUACCAGUACCUCUCCUUUGAGAGGCAGCGGACCCCCCUGCGACGAGGCGAUAGCGUCAACUACCCGCUGGACACGGGCUUCCACAGCACACUCCCACGCAUUGUCAGUGCGCCUGACGAGGAGGCCAGCGAGGGGGCCCCCAGUACCCCCCAGACACCAAAGGCCGAGGCGGUGGUGGCGGGAAGGGGAGAGGUGGAGGAAGGAGACAGGAGGAGGGCGAGUCCCAGCAGUAGCUGUGGCAGCAGCACCGUGACCAUCAGAGACCUGGAAGGGAGGGCAUCCUGUUCCCCUGUCCCGGAUAGAGAGGGCCUGCUAAGGGAGCAGCCCGACCCCCAGGAGGACACUAGGCAGGCGGUACACACCCCUGAGCUCCCUGAAGAGCCCCCCCAGCCUCCUGACACGGGCCACGGCCGACAGACCAUCACAGCCGAGCUGACGGACAAGCUGAGCGCCACUCUGGAUGAGCGGCUGUACACGGGCCUGCGACGGACCAAGGACACGGCGGCGGUGACAGAGUGUGUGGUGACGGUCACUCACGCCUCCCCCGACCACAGCCCAGUGUAGCAUGGCUCCAGUCCUCCUCCACUCCUCCCUGAUCUUUGUGUUUAAUUUGAUUUCAGUCUACGCCGGGUAACUACAAUUUCUCUGUUUCUGUCUGAAUUAGCUGGUCCUAGACCUGUAACAUGAAAACAGGCUACACUAAACAGUAUCAUGUAGGCUAUUUUAAGAAUACACCCCUAGAUAGUAUCUACAGUACCAUAGUGUCUCUUACUGCUGUGAUUCCUUUCUCCUCUUAGAGAAAUGAUGAUGUUAAGAGCCAGUAUCCCUCUGCACUAGUCUAUCCACUGUGAAACCAGGCGCUAUUAGAUUUGAAGUCAUCUCAAGAUCAGGAUACAAAGAUUACCUGGGCACUAUAGGCCAGUCUUGGGUAAAUAUCAAAAUAGGUUUAUUUAUGUUUUCCAUUACGUUUUGAUCAUUUCAUUCGUUAUCUAUGGAUCUGGAUAUCUAUUGUCUUUGGCCAUUGAAAUAUAUAAAUCUUGCCAUGUGGCAUUUUGACUCUUGAAGAAGUAAUCAUAAUUGUUUUACAAAUUAUUAGGAAUCCCUGAGAUGUUUUUGAAGCCAAAUUUCACAUUGCCCCCAUAUUAUUUUGAACAUGUUUCUCGGGACGUCUGAAUAGUCAUCCACUAUUUCAGUAGAGUAUUGUUCAUUCACUGACACAAUCCCUUAAAUUGUAAUCCUGUAUGAUCAAAUGUUUUCUGACAGAUAGCUGUUGAAUUGUAAUGUGAUGUAAUUUAAUCAGAAUCUAUGGUACUAGGAACAGAAACCGAGCAGACCAUGAAUUUUCUUCUCAUAAACACUCAUUAAAUGGAUAUGAAGAUGCUGUCCUAAUUUGGACACCAAAUAAAUUGCGGUAUUAGGACCGCCUCGUCAUAUCCACACUGGAUCAGAGAAUAUUCUUCAUCAAGUGUCUUUGUUGCUGAAUAUCUGGCCUCAUGUUUCUAUAAAAAAAUGUCUUACUACUUUCCAGAAAAGUGAUAGUUGUUAGGACAUGUUGUUCAAUGCCUUUUGUAUUUGUUGACAGAUUUAAUUUAAAUGUGUCUAUGCUUGUUUUAUAUUUCACUCUGGUUGUGACAUUAAUAAGUGACAUAUAGGAGGCCAUGGUGAGAGCAGCUUAAAUGACAGGUUUUUACCUAAUAUCUGUGCCAAAAAUACCUUGUCAGCAAAUGGAGGGAUCUCAAGUAUUACUGAACCAGGGGUUGGAACCAACAUUAUUUUUUCCAAUCGUUUAGUUUUGAACAGAACCGCUUUUUUUCUCUUUCAUUUCGUUCCACUGUCCCGACUAGCAAAAUAAAGCUCUGAACAGUUUCGAACCCAAAACAAAGUACUGGUUUAGAUCAUUCCUUUUUUAACCUGUCAAAUCAUUUUUUAAAAAACAUUUAGCUCAUUAAAUUACUUCACCAAUCAGUUCAGAUAGAGCAGGCAAGCUAGUUGUUUACAUGCGUGAUGAACAGACAAGGGUAGCCUAUGGUGCAAGAUGCGACUGACAUUUUGUGGGUGGAGAGAGCGAGAGAGGGUUGAAGUGCUGGGCAUCUUGUUAUGACAUGCAUUGUCUGAAUUAGGUCCACAGA